AUGUCAACUGCUCUUUCUGGCAUUUCUCCACAUCACAAGAUCACUUCGUUUGCUGAGGCUAAAGCGAUCGAUCAGAUCAAUGAGCGUAUGCCCCCUCGUCGUGAUGCCGUUUCUUUAGGCUCCGCUUUCUCUGUUAGUGGCAGCAAUACGGUGUCCGCUGCAGUCACUUCCACUCGCGGCACUGGCUCAUUUAAGGCAUCUGGUAGUAGCAGCUUUGGUGGUAAUAUAGGAGAGUCUAUGGCUCGAAAACCAAUUCCGACAGUAUCUGAACCAAUCGAGGCUUUGGUGGCUUCAAGUGGUUCUACAAGCAUUCGAGGAUCUCCUAAUGGUGUUUCUUCUAGCGCCAACAGUCGGACAUCUGGGGACGGCACAAUCACAGGUUCAGUGCGGGGUUCUACAAUGACUUCGGGGUCGGUCUCGGGGGCCGGUAAUGCGGGCGAAAGUGCAACCAGUGCCGGAUCGAGGGUCAAAUAG